AUGGCACCGCCACGAGCUACCAAGAUAUCAAGCCUCACCUCAGUCUCGCAGGCCACCACUCGCCGAGGACUACAACAAGUACGGAGGCAGAUCGUCGAGGAGGUAGAAGACCUAGACAGCUUCGAUGAUCCUUCCGCCCUAGAGAUCGAUGAUAGCGAAGAGCAGGAGCCAGCAGAGUCGCAUGCUACCAAUGAUGGCCCAUUGGAACAGCUACUAGCGGACAUGGUUGACGGCCAACGCAAGCGCCACACGAAGCGCAAGGAAGCCGUGAACAAGGAAUACGACACCAGCUACAAGACGGCCCAGGACUCCAUCCGUGCCGUAUUUGACGCACACGAGGAAAAGGCAUCAUCAGCUCACGAGGCCCAGUUGAAGCGACUUCAAGAGCUACUCGGUCAGAAAGCACAGAUCGAAGCCGCCAUGUCCGACAUGCUAGCCAGCCUACGAGCUGACUACAAUGCUCACUCUCGCGACUUGGAAGCCGUCAUCAAUCGCAGAACCAAGGAACUGAAAUGAGCUCUGGUUGAGUUUCUUCGAUCCGGGAGACUCAUCAAACAUCUGCUAGUCUCAAACUGGAUCUAGGAAGUAUUGAUAGCGUGAGACUGCAGAUGGUGAAGGAGCUGAGGCAUGCAAGCCCGGAGAAAGUCUGUCCGAUAAAUGUCAAGCUCGGUGGAAGUUUUCCCGCUAAUUGUCGAGACCGUGAACGAAUGGACUUAGCUAGGCUAAACUCUGUGUUGGCAUAUCAGGCAGUGGUUCAAACCAUGGGGCAUUUACGGUGGUCAUACAUGGACGAGGUUGUCAAUAAAACAGUUGAACUAACGAGACAAGCAUAUUGUUAAUCAGUCAAAAAAUGUCAUUCAAGGUAUCAUAAGUCUAAACACAUCCAAGUGUUGAAUCUCCAAAACAUGGUGCCAUAUCCAGCCGGUCAAGC